GUGGACAGAAAAACAGACUGAGUGCUAACAGCCAGCGUAGGUAGAGCACCAAGCGAGGACUGCUGCUACAAGUCAGACCAGAGUGAAACAGUCGACAACAGAGAGGGAGAUUCACACGUCCACGGAGAGCAGCGGAGUGUAGCAGAAGAGCGUUGUGACUGUUUGGGCAACAGGAGCUCGUGGUAGCCAAGAAGAAGGCUGCCAAGCCUGAAGAGAUGCUGUGAGGAACAGUGCCAAGUGAUGGAGCUUGAAGCAGCCAGCAGGCAGGCGCGAUUAGUCAGAAUGGAUGACCACGACAGAGUAAGCCAAGCAUCCAGCGUGGCCACAAUAUCCUAUUUUCCCGUGGUAAAGGAAAGUGAUGGGAAGGUGCAGACAUUCGGGAAGAGGUGUCAGUCUGCCAAGAGAGACCCCAACUGCCCUGUGGUUAUCAGAGGAUGGCUCAACAAAAAAGAUAGCUCUGGUUUGAAGCUUUGGAAAAGACGAUGGUUCGUCCUCUCUAACUACUGUCUGUUUUACUAUAAAGACAGCAGAGAAGAAUCUGUUCUGGGGAGCAUCCCGCUGCCAAGCUACAAAAUCCUGUUCUGCACGCCGAGGGAAUGCAAGAACAGAAAGUUCACCUUUAAGGUAGUGCAUCAGGGGAUGCGCUCUUACUUCUUCAGCGCAGACACUCAGGAGGACAUGUUGGGUUGGGUUCGAGCCCUCAGUCAGUCUGCUGCAAUGGAGCCAGACAGCUCCAUGAACAGGCGCUGCUCAAGUUAUCACGACUUUACGCAGAUAGGUGGCAGCAGUGAAUCAGUGGACCUCCCUAAAUCUCCCUCUGAUGAUGAGGGUCUAUCCCAGAAACACAGGCACGUCAGCAGGACUCUGAGUGAACCGAGUAAGCUCAGUGGUGGAAGGAUGGGGAGAUCGCACUCAGAGCAGAGGGAGAGGCGGAGCAUUCAUCAAAGAAACAGCAGAACACCGAGCCCAGAUUUAAGCAGAAGAAGAGCUUGUGGUCUGAACAAGGAGGAGGAUUUUCUCCCGGGUCAAAUCGCACCAUCACAAACAGAUGUUAUGGCAACAGGUUCAUUGACCUCCAGAGGUCAGCUGGGAUCAAGACCACACACACCGGUGGGAAGGGUUGACAUACGACCCCAUGAUGACCCGAUCAUGCUGCCACAUACUCUUUACUAUGCACCUGCCUCACCGAAUCUGGAGUUUAAAUCCAAUCCCAGCACUCCAGGCUCAGAAAGGUGGCAAAGUCUAAGCAAGCCUGCCCCUGUAUAUGGUUCUGUUCAUCAUAGCAGUGGGCGAAGACCUUUAGGGAAGAGUUACUCCACAGGGGCACAUGCAGACUUACUGCCCCCUUUACCCCCCUCAUCGAGAGCCUCACAUUCUCCACACCCCCCACAACACCACCACCACCAUCAUCACCAUCACCGCAGCCAUUUAUCUGUUUGUGUGCUACCGCCAGCUAUGGCCCCAAAACCUGACCCGAGGGAAAUGCCACCACUCCGGCCUCUUGAAAGUGAUGCAGACGCUGUGUUAACAAGGUUGUGUGGGUGUGACAAACUGCUGCAGUCUCUGUCUGUAGAAUUGGCCCAGCUACAAAUGGAUAAGGACAAUGUCCAGUGUGCUUUGGAAGUUUCCAGACUGCAGCUAGAAGAGUGGAAGAGCCAUGGACCCCAGGCCCAUGAGGAAGCGCUGACCGAGAAGGCUUUGUUACAAGAGGAGCUGGUGACAGUCCGGGCCAGAAUGUGUGACGUAUCACUGGAAAUGGAGCGGGUUUGGUGCCAGUAUGAGAGGAUGGAGAGUGAACUGUCUGUUGUCCGUUCACAACUUCAGCACAUCUGUAACUUUGGAAUGCCACAAGAGCAAUCUCAGGCUCAGAGAGAGCUGUGGAUGAUGGAGGACAUACUCGAUGGACUAAAAUCCAAUCGGAGUCACUUCCGCUACCUGCUGGGGAUACAGAGACAUCACUUGUUUCAGUCCACAGCUCCGCAUCCUGGAUCCCCUGGCUCUCCCACAGAGUGUCUUCCAGUGGACGUGGAAGAGGAGCCGCCAGUCCGCCCACCGUUACCCCAGGAGCUACAAGAAAGCCAGAGCAGGAACAUGAGCCAUGGAUGGGCAGAGUCCCCAUAUGAGGCAAUCUACAGCCACACUGUUGAUCCUGUACACAGAAGAGGAAACAGCCAACCUGACCUCCUUAAUGUGAAAGCACAUAGAGAUCCCUCCGACUCUCAGUCUGGUUCAAAGUGGAUCCCACCAGACACAGCCAACCAAUCAACCAAGAAGCUGAAGAUGAGUGAAGAAGAGCAGAUUGAGAGAAUGAAGAGAAAUCAGGAGAGGGUGACUAAUAGGAAAAAACCUUGUGUUCCUGCUCCAGGUGCCCAGACUCAGGGUCAAAGUUCAGAGCCAAAAGCAGAGGCCCCUUUUCCCUUAAGGGUGACGCGAGUCGUUACAGCUGUACUACCGUCUUCGCUUGUGGCCAGACGCGUUUCUGUCGAGGAUCCUCCUGCUGAGCUUGAUACUCCACUGGCUGAGCAGAUCCCAACUGAGAAACAGCUAAAUCUGGCUGAGCAGGGUAAAAAACUGUUAAGCAAACCACCCAGGAGGCCCUUAUUGGAGAAUCCUGAUCAAAACUGGUCCUCAGUAGAGAUGGACCAGGAUCAGCCCAUUAAGAAGACAUACAAAGAUCAGCAUCAAGGAGCAUCCAGGACCUCCAUGAAAGAGUUACGUUCAGAAGUGAGCAGAACUGAGAGUUUAGAGACGUCAAGCAAUCAAAUUCGAGAUGACGCCGGUUUAGAAAAUGGAAGCGCAAGCUCAAAUAUAAGGAAAGUGGAGCAGUCUACUGCCCUUCUGACCUCAAACAUGGACUAUGACCUCUGUCUGACCCCUGAACAGCGAGAGGCCAAGCUCCGGCGAGUGGAACGAAUACGAGAGAGAGUCAUAAGAAGCGCAGUCAGAGAGAGUGCCACUACACACAGUCAGCUCUCGGUUAUGGGAAAGGAGAAGGAAGUUCACCAUGUUCCCCCUGAUGCAGCGAGAAAACAAAGAUUGAAAGCAGGCCAUGAUUGCUAUGGUGGCCAUGGAAGCUGUGGGGAUAACUUAAGAAGUUCUGGAGAGCUUCAGCUUUCAAGUGCAAUAUCUGAGGAUAAAGAGGAAGAACACCAGCAACUUAAUAAUCAGGCCAAGUUAGAGAACAGAACACAGCACAGCGGGAGACCGGGGGUUGCCAAAAGUAAGAUCAAACGUCCAGCUUCACCCUAUCAUAUCUCAUCCAUGACUGUUUAUCCGAAAGAUGGAGGGAAGAGAUUCAUAGGUCUCAAAGAUGAUGAACAGAAAAAGGUUGAAGACAAUCCUGAUGGUGAUGAUAAUGAAAGUGAUUCUAAGGCCUCUGAUCUGAGAGCCAAAUGGUUCCUUUCCACAAACCAGUGGAAAGGAUUCAUACCUCUACAGAUCCCUGCCACAGAAACACUGUGUAAUGAGGAGGCAGCAGACAACCAGGCAGCUUCAUCUGAUGGCAUUACUGAUUCAAAUGAAAUGUUAUCAGCAGUGAGUGAGAGCUUAGAGAAGAUGAAAGAGAACCAUUCACUCUUCUAUAAGAUUGCAUGUGACAUCAGUAUUUCAGAUUCAGACAUAACAAAGAACGAUGGGAAUUCAUGUGCUCAAACAUCAUCUGGCCCAGAAAAUAAAGACCCACUGUUGAUCACUGAGUCUGUGCCAGCCGAUGCUGCCAGUAAUGUUGGCCCUUCAUCUGACCAAGAGAAUAAGGAUGUCACUCAGCCUGUGUCAUCAAAUGGUAAUGAAAGUAGUGGGACAGCUGAUUCCAAACCUCGAGAUUCAACAGUGGACCUUCAGGAAAAAGCAACAAAAGAUGCUUCUGUUUUUGAAAAGAGCGCUGCAAAUGAAUGUGAGGACAACUCAAGGUCAGAAAGCCAGCUGAAAGUUAAAGAAACUACUGGCAGAGUUUGCAUUGGGGACACUGAUCCCAACCAGACACUGGAUGGAAGUGCAAGUCAGACAAGAGAGGAACGUAGUGGAACGAAAGAGUCAGGGGACAGGAAGUUUGGGCGAGUGAGAUCGGAAGAACUGAAAAAGUCUGCUAGUUUAUGUGAGGAGAAAAAUGAGAAUGUCCCAGAACAAGGCAACAAAAGCUCUGCUGCUCUAUCCAGCUCUGUGCGUGAAGCCGGACGUGUGAUUCGGAGUGCUUCUUUCGGAAAGGCGAGAGUAACAGUAUUAAGGACAAGUUUAUAAAAGAAAGCACAGAGACGGCUUAAGGAGCUUAAGUGAACAAACUCGGGAAGGACAAGAACUCAGUUUAGAGUGACUGCAGUGAAAAAUGUUAGAAGAAUUCAACUGACUGAAGGAGUCUGGACCUAAUUUUAAAUUACAAAUUGUAUAAUGGGAACAUAUAGUAUCAGAAACACCUUUAAUAUUUGGUAAGUUUAAACAUUUCCACUAUCCACUGUUGAACAUUUAUGCAAAUGCAAUGGAAAGUCUUAAUAUUUCAUCAUAACAAAAACUAUGUACUGUAUGGAAAUAAAGUAUUGUUCUUGCAGUGGAAAAAACCAAAUACCUUCUCUAUAGCCGCUGUCGAUACACGCUCUGUGUUUGAGGCUAACAUGAUCAUUCCUCUCAAAAUAUGCAUUCAACAUAGCGCAGGAGUCAUAGCUAAUGGCUGCUCGUGAUUGGUAACCCUUUUGUUGUUCCUGCUGCAAAAUGUGUUGUUGUUUUUUGUAUCUCAGAUAUCCUGAUUAAUAAAAAUGCUGUG